AUGGUUUCAGCGAAGGUCCUUAUUCUCGCCAGCUUGGCUGGUUGUAUUCUUGCACUGACUCCUCCGAAGGGGCUCAGUGCUGGAUCAUACCGAGCAUAUAUUGACGAUCUCGGACGUGAAGUUCACGAGCUCGUAGCACUUCCUAAUAGUGAAGAACUAAGCCCCGACACCGUCACCAAAUUCGUCACCGACGAGAACGCUCUCGAGAAGUUAAUCGCUCGCACAGAGAACGUCACAUCUGACCGUCAGGCCCUCUCGAAGCGCUACUAUAAUGCCAAUGACUACGGUUUCGGCGUCGGUCUCCUCGAUAUAUGGUGUGGCUGCGGCUUCAAUCUAGAUCAUGGCGAGUGUGAUGACGCUGUACAAGAUCUUAAGAAUCAAGUCGGUAGCUAUGCUGAGAUUCCUUUCAAUAUGGCCUGGUACUCUAUCCGCGGAAAUACCGUUGCCUUCGCUUGCACCCGGCCACAAGGUCAGAGUAUCCAAGAUUAUGGCCGACCGUCCGAAUUGAAUUCUGAUUACUUAACUAUUUCAUAUGCCGCCAUCACCGACUUCUGCGGAUGGUAUGUUGCAGGCACCUCGCUUUACACUGACCUUUGGGAGGAGGGUUACAACCGGCCAUUCGUCGGAUAUAUGCAGUAUCACGACGGUGAAGACUUUUGCGAGGAUUCGACUCUCUCCUCUGUAGAUCACUGCUGA